UGAUUUUGGAGAUAUUUAAAAGAUUUUUUUCAGGAAAACGUCAAUGUAUUAAUAUUAUAUUUAUUUUUGAACGACGAAACAUAUGAUCAAGUGGAAGCACCGAAGUAACAAUUUCAGAUUUUCAGCUGAUUUUUGACAAUUUAAUACGAAAUGUAAUUAUUUCAAAAAUAAACCUUUACUUCAUGAUAAAAAAUGUCGGAAUCAGAAAGUACUUUUACAAAGGUAUGUAUGUGUUGGUAUAAGACAUAAAAUGACCAAUAUUCAAUAAUUCUACCAAUCAACAUCCAAUAAAUUACUGGAUGUUGAUUGGUAGAAUAUUGGUCAUGUGACAAUACAAUGCAUGUGCAGUGCAAAAAGGCCCCCUCCCACAUCCCCAGAGUAACAUCAGAAAAACACAUUAGAUUACUAAUGAAAAUGGAAGAUACUUGCCCCACCCCACCCUUACCUAUUGUCAUUGAACCCUAUUAUGGUUGUGAACCAUAUGAACCCCUAGCUACUCAGUACAUGCACCCACACAGGAGUGUGUUUGAAAGGACUGGCGGUCCUGCCAUUAAAAAAAUACACCUUAUUUUAAGAGGGAGGGGGGGGGUUAAGUUGAAGUUGGUAAUAAACUGCUUACAAAUAAAAAGGGCCUACCCAUAUUUACUUCAUCAACUUGAUCAAAAGAAACUUGAGAAAAAACACAAAUGAAUAUGUAUUUAUUUAGAUGGAGUUUGCAGUAGAAAUGACAUGUCAAAGUUGUGUGAUAGCCAUUGAGAAUGUGCUCAAGUCAAGGAAAGGUUGUCAAACUAUUGUAGUGUAGAAACGUUUCACUCUCAUGCAGCAGAUGAUGGUCAACCUGCAUUCCCAAACUCACAAAAUAAUGUUAGUUUGUUUCAUGAUAUAGUUGUACUUGGUGGCAAAUAAACAGAAAUGAGAUAUGUAGUUUCAUAAUGGAAGAUUCCAGAAAACAUUGAUCUCCCCCACAGAAGAAAUUGGAAUUUAACCCCCUGGGAGAAAGGGGGAGGGGUAGAUCUUUCCUAGAACAACCCAUUCUCCUGCAAGUGUCAACAUUUCUUAAAGCCCUGGGCAAACUAGGAAACAUUGUUGUCGAAACAUUUAUGAUUCUCGAUGUUUCCUCAAAUGAUUCCCUGUUUGCCCACCCUUGGAAACAUUGUUGUGGAAACAAAAUUUGCUUCCCGAGAAGCAAAAAUUGUUUCCUAUAGCGAAUUCAGAAACAUUUGAAUGUUUCCCUAUCAGUAUGUUUCUCACUAAUGUUUCCUAGUGUUUGCCCACUCUUGGAAACAUGGCGAAACAUUGGCAGGAAACAAUGUUUCCACAACGAUGUUUCCUAGUUUGCACAGGGCUAAUAACUUUCCCACCAUCUGCUGUCUUGUUGUUUGUCUCACAGACACCAACCAACUCAUCCACUCCUUUCAUCUCGGAGCAUACAAUUUACACAUGCUUGUUUUGUGAUUAAUCACAGGAGUGAGGUCGUACAACAUAAAUUUACGUGAUGAACAAGUAACUGUGGAAACUAACUUGCCCUCUGGCGAGAUGCAACAGCUUCUAGAAGAGACGGGAAGAAAAGCAAUUUUACGUGGACAUGGUACAACACAAGGUAUGGGUAAGUUUAGGUCAAGUUCUUUAACUGUAAUCAUUUACUUUGUAAUUUUGUGUGGUUUUAUUUCAGAUGGAAGCCCAAGUCAUAUUGGUGCUGCUGUCUCAAUAAUGUCUGGCGAAAAUAACAUUCAGGGUGUGAUACGCUUUGUACAAGUAGGAAAAUCCAUAACUUCUAAUAUGAUUACAUGCUAAUAAUUUAUUAGUUAAUUAGAGGUAAUGCAAGGUAUCAUUAAUGCAAUAUUUAUUUAAUUAGAAUGACUAAAUAAUAACAAAUAUUAAUUCCAGGUGGACAGAGAAAUCUGUAUAAUUGAUGGUACUGUGGAUGGGCUCCAGAAAGGGUUACAUGGUUUACACGUACAUGAGCUUGGUGAUGUUUCUGAUGGCUGUGAAAGGUAAAACCUUACUGCUCAUGUGUGAUGGAAGGUUUGUGUAUUCAAGGGUGAAUUUUCAUCUUAGUUUAGGAGAUCACUACAACCCAAACAACAGCAAUCAUGGUGGACUUCUUGACAAAGAAAAGGUGAAAGAAUACAAAGUUUAUUCUCUUCAAAAAAUAAACUCAUUUUAAGUUGAUGUUAUCAGAAUAUUAAUUGUUACAAAUUUGAUGUAAAUUGUAAUUUUCUCCAGCAUGUUGGUGACUUAGGAAACGUCAAGGCUGAUGAAAAAAAGCGUGCACAAUUCCGUUUGGAAAGUCAUGACGUGAAGGCAAGUUAAUCAAGAUGCUUUCUUCCUUCGUCAUUUCUGACGCAACCUAGAUUUUCUAACGACCUUCUAAUCACAUGCUUGACUACACAUGCAUUUGCUCUGGUCAGGUGUGAAACCAGCUCCAUAAAGCAUCGUUUAUGCUAAAUUGUAACUCUAGUCAUACUAGCUCUUUGAGAAGCUUGUUCAUUACUUGCAGGUGUGGGAUGUGAUUGGUAGAUCAAUCGUUGUCACAGAACGUGAAGAUGACUUGGGAAAAGGAAGCGAUUCACAAUCCAAAAUUGACGGAAACGCAGGACGGAGGUUUGUGGCUAACAUUGCAUUUAUUAACAAACACCAGAAAUAGCAUUUAGCUGAGCAAACCAUUUGGUUUCAACAUUGACAUUGUUUUUUUCAGACUUGCGUGUGGAAUCAUUGCAAGGUCAGCUGGAUUAUUUCAAAAUCCCAAGAAGAUUUGUGCCUGCACAGGAAUGACGUUAUGGGAAGAGAGAGACUUGGAAAUAAAGAAACCGUUAUCUCAACUCUAAAUGAGUUGGAAUGGCAUUAGAUAUAUCAGUAAACAGAUUGAUGUAGUGUAGCUUGCAGGAACACCCGCUGGGCCGUGCUUGCUUAUUUCCCAUUUCUAACACCCUGAUCACGGAAUAUAAUGAUUAAACAAACAGUGUUAAUAAAAUGUAACAUCAAUCUAGUGUAUUAAUUUAGUAUACUAAAUAUUUAUUGUUAAUUAGUAGUGAAUUAAAAUAAAAAUACAAAACAUAUGAUUUACAACGUUUUUACUUUAAAACAACGUCUUUGAGUGGAAAUCAACGAUCAUGUUACAAUAUUAGUCGCAGGGUAGAAAACUAGCUACAUUAUUUCAAAGGUUCAUUUCCUUUAAUUGUUAGGUUAAAUCAUUCACUUGCAUGAUGGAUCUUUUCUACAUGUAGGUCCACAAAUGUCUUUGCCAUGUUGACAACAUUUGCACGAGAUAUCAUGUACAUAACAAAGCCAAGAAGCAAAUUUACAACAUCCUUUGUAAUUGCCACAACAGCCAUAAUCAGUACCGUAGAUGUACCAGCCGGACAAAUACGUGAAGCCCCAGCCUGCUUUGCGACAUUUGGAACGUGUACGUAUCGCCGCUCUCUUCUGGAUACGAUGUUUUCCUUCACUGAAGUCGCCGUUGACCAGCACCAGCGACAGAAGACUUAACACGAGAACCAAUUGCAGAAAUUUCAUUGUUUACAACAGCUUGAAUAAAUAAAUAAAUAAAUAAACGUUAUAUUCAUCCAGCACGCGAGACAUAAUGCCCCUCGUCCUGUCUAGUCAACAAGCUUGAAUCUCAUCUCAAAAAUAGAAAUAGGUUUAUGGUCGUUACGUACUCCUGCCUCGUCCCAGGCUUGCUCGUUUCCAAUCCAUCCUUAAGACAGUUUGGAACCAAAGAUGGUCGUGUCCCACUUGGGUUUUUACGUGAAAAAAUGCAUUCGUUGUUACAUGGAGAAACCUAGAUAGCAAAUAUAUCGGCAUAUCCCAGCGUCACUAGUGUGACAAUUUCCGUAAAUAGUUUUGAUUUGCGGUAAAACUCGGAAAAAAAACCCACUCACAAUUACAUGACUUAUAUCUGAUCAUUUUUGUGCUUUUUGGCAAUCCGUCAACCAGAGUUGGAGACAAAACGACUAUAGGCAGUCGAGUACGAAAUGACCUGAUACCUCAGAAACACACCUUCCCUGUCUAGUAAAAAUAUCUGCCUUCACGUAUGUGUCGCUUGUAGUUUCUACUAUAUAUUACAUAUAGCGCAGAGGAAGCUAGCGUUAUCUGACCCUCACUACCAACCAAAACGUAAAGUAUGGCUAGGUCUACAGUAAUAGCGUGUGAAACAAUAGAGACAUAAGCAAUAUUAAUACGUACCUGGGGAACAAUAUACUCUUUGAAUAAAAUCUGCCUCGAGUUGUUUGAUGUACACUGCGUAUAACCAUACACUGAAAACUAACUACGGACACUGUUUUGGCGCGCUUUUAUAAUUUUCCCCGACGUCAGGUGACUGCAUACAUUUUUUGAUAAAUACUAUCAUUAUCCAAAAUAUGUUUAUUUAAAUAAAAUGUAGUUUCUGUUAAGCCUUAGUUCAACCAGAUAAUUCACAAAAGACUGUACGCAUCAACAGCUGUAAACAAUGUUAGCGCAGGCAUGCCCGGCGUGGGCAUAUACGAACCAGGCUUUACCCUAAGUGGGCAGUAAUCGAGCUAAUUAUAAUUAACAGUACCAAAAUUAGAAAUUGGGAACUUUUUAUGAAAAACAAG